CAUGAUUAGCAAGUACAGAGCAGUUGCAAAAUAUUGAAGUUGGGAAGCACUUGAAGUAGUUAGCUUAACCGGUUAUGAUUCUGUUGCAAUUAGUAUUCUGUUACAAUUAGUUACAGUUUCUUGAGCCUCUGUUGCUUCUGUUAUCUCAGUGUAUAAAUGCAGACCUGAUGUAUUGGGCAAAUUAUGAAUGAAUUCUAUAUUUUCUCUCAUUUUCUAAUAAUCAUUUUAGCUUCCUUGAUUCUCCUUUGAGUGUUUCAGGUUGAUUUAGCAAAACUUGAAAGCCAAUCACCGUCAAAUGUCGAUUCCCUGAAGGAGAAGAAACAGCAACUGGGUUGUUUAUUAUCAUCCUUAUCACUUUCUCGAGAAAAUCUUCAAAAGCAAAAAGUUCUUGAAAUAUCGAUGGAGUCUUCCAGAAAUGCCAUUGAGGCAUCAUCCCCUGCUACCUCUCCUCCGGAAAAAGAAACGACUCCUGCUACCUUUCCUCCGGAAAAAGAAACGACUCCUGUUACCUUUCCUCCGGAAAAGGUAACGACUUCUUCUACCUCUCCUCUGGAAAAAGUAACGACUCCUGCUACUGCUACCUCUCCUCCGGAAAAAGUAACGACUCUUGCUACUGCCACCUCUCCUCCGGCAAAAGAAACGACUCCUUCUACUUCUCCUUCGGAAAAAGUAACGACUUCUGAAAAAAAAUCUCCGGUUUCCGAAUUUCUCAAUGCUCUCUCUCCUAUAAUGCCAUCCAGAGCGAGAGCAUCACUGUGUAAUCAAAGGCUUUCUGAGUUCAGUUUUCCAUCGAUUUCUUCAUUGGUUAACUCACCACCUCUAAAUGUACACCAACGACCAAUAUGCUUAAGCUUCGUUGAAAGAGAUAAAAUUGGUGGGUCAAGUUCAAAUGGUCACAACCAAGACGAUUCUAUGAUAAAAAAUGGUGAAUACUGGGCUCAACAUGACGAAACACGUGGUGCUUGUUUCAAUGCUUCAGAAGUGACGACUGAAAAAACUAAGGAUAACGCAAAUGAUGGCGUGGUUGAGAUUUCCGGUGAUGAAAGGUGGCGUAGGAUGUUGGAUUUUUCAUCUAAAAACAUCUCGGAACAUGUUGAAUCUGAUGAAUUUUUGGAACAUGUGAGUCAAGGUUUCGAUUCUCAGCCCACUUUCCUUGGUGGAAAUCAGGGCAUGUCGAUUCCGCUCCCAUCUUAUAUUCUACCAUUAAACCAUCAUCCUUUCAUUUCACCAGCUGGGGGAGUCGUACCAUUAAACCAUCAUCCUUUGAUUUCACCAGCUGGGAGAGUCAGUGAUCAUGUUGAAUGUGAUCACCAUGGAGGUCGUGUACCAGAAAAAAUGGAGGAUUCUCAGGAAGUGUCAUUUCUUCACCUGCUUAGAAGUAAACAAUUUGCUGACAUGGUUGACCAACAAUCCAAAUCCCAAGUUAGCUCAAAAGGAGAGAGGCAAGUUUACAUAAUAUUUUUUACUUGAAUGAUUUUCACAUUGCUUUUUAGCUGCGGGAUUUGUUGAAUUCAGGAAUAGAGAAACAUUCCCAGUGAAGAUUCAAGCCUGGAAACACUGCAACUGCAUAAGAUCCAGAUGUUUGAAACUUUAUUGUGAGUGCUUUGCAGCAGGGAUUUACUGCGAGAAUUGUGCAUGCCAGAACUGUUCCAACAAUACAGAUUAUGACGAUACUGUUCUUGAUACUCGACAACAAAUUGAAUUGCGUAACCCUCUUGCAUUUGCUUCACCUAUUGUUUUCCCAUCCAAUGAUUCUCCUAAUGUUACUGGUCAUGGAAACUUGAUGAACGCUGGAUCACCCAGGCACAGAAGGGGAUGCAAAUGCAAGAGGACAAAAUGCCUAAAAAAGUACUGCGAUUGCUAUCGAGCUGAAGUCGGAUGCUCUGCCAUAUGCCAAUGUGACGAUUGUGACAAUUCUUUUGGCAAGAAGCUAGGGAGAUACAAAAUCAAUGUUCCGCUCUCAUGAGAUGUUGAAUACAACGCAAGUUAUGUCUGACAGCACCUUGGUCGGGACUGCAAAUCUGUUUUCAUCAGUGUGGGAAAAACUUGCUGAUAAGAACCAUCUCACCGUAUCAGCACAUCCUCAUUCAAGAGCACAUGAUAUGAGGGACUGUCAAAAUGUCUCACAGGCAAUCAGAAAAGGGAACUAGCCUUCAUUCUCCUCUGCCUUGAGUCCUAAGCAACCAUGGCGGAGUAAGGAGAGUGAUAUAUGUUAGAUCAUGGUAGAUAGUUUUCUUGACUACUUCAUGGAAACUUCCAACCCCAUCAAAACAGUGAAAUCUGGCUCGGGUUUGGGCUCUAUAAUGAUGAAUGACUUUGGUUUAAUUUUGUCUGUUGUGCCUAAUAAAAUUGUUGAAUGCAUAUCCCUCCAAUUAUGUUAUCUCCAUAUUUUUCCUUUACAUGAACAGAGGCUCCGAUGCAUAUGACCUUUGUGUUCGUGUGUAUUUUGUUGCAAAUGCCAUCCGUUUUCUUUUAAAU